UGCCAAAUGAAAUUCACAUGCUUUUGUUUCACAUGCAUUGAAAAAAGUUGCAUCCAACUCUUAGCUAAGAAUAAGAUUGCUACUUAGCUGCUACUACUCAAACACAACUGGCAUUCAUUAUCCACACACACACACACACACGAGAAAACACUGAACUCAUGAACUGCAUAUCAUAUCUAUGUAGUACACAAGACACUCCAUAUUCAUAUAGGCUCCUAGUUUAGCUAUCCAGAAAACAAAUUAAAAAAACCUUAUGAGGAAUUAAAUAAAUUUUCUCUUGUUGGAUUCCAAUUCUCUAGCUAUCUGGCUCCAAUGGGCUCAGUACUCUUUUUCUUUGUAUUAUCAUUCUUGUUGACUCAGUCUUCAUCCUUUCUCCGAGUCGUUGAGUCAUCUAAACAUUCAAUCUCCAACCCCCAAAUCACUGUCAUGGGCAUGGUCUACUGUGAUUUCUGCUCCAACAACUCCUUCUCCAGGCACAGCUAUUUCUUGCCAGGUGUUGAUGUUAGAAUAGAUUGCAUGUUCAAAGCAAUCUCUCCAAGAACAACUGAACAGAUAUCAUUUUCAGUAAACAGAACAACAAAUAAGUAUGGUAUUUACAAAUUGGAGGUACCCUCUGUUGAUGGUGUUCAAUGUGCUAGAGACAAAGCUGUGGGAAGUUCCUGCAGGGCAAUCCUUCUCUCUACCCCUUCGUCUUCGUUGUGUAAUAUCCCUUCUUUUCGGACUACAUCCGAUCAGAUUUCGGUCAAAUCGAAACAAACCAAUUCGUGCUUUUACAGCCUCGGCGCGUUGAGUUAUAGGCCAUCCAGAAGAAACACUUCCUUGUGUGGUAACAAAUAAUUAAAAUAUAAUAAUAUUAAUAAUAAUAAAUGUUGUGCUCAUUUAUAGUGUUGUGAUCUAGCUACUUGAGCAUUAUCUUGUUGUAAUAGAUAGCAAUUUUUCAACUCUUGAAGCUUUAGUGUUUUACUUGUUUUGAUCUAUCCUUCAUGUAAGAUUAUGAUAUGUCAUAUAUAUGUAUAAAUUUUUAAGGAGA